UUACAUUAUAGACUUUAGUUUUUUGAAAGUUAAGGAAAUUAAUAUCAUAUGGACAUGGUGUGGCUCACUUGAAUAUUGUAUUAGAUGUCUUUGAAAGAUUCACAGACAGUAAUGGUGAGUUCAAAGAAACCAUAAGCAGUGAUGUGAUGGGUAUGUUAAGCCUACAUGAAGCUACUUUUUUGAAGACUCAUGGAGAAGAUAUACUUGACAAGGCCUUUUGUUUAACAAAAGCUGGGCUUGAGUCCUUAAAACCACAAUAUUUAAGCUCAAAUUUGGCAGAACAAGUGACCCAUGCCCUGUACCAACCACUCCAAAGGGGAAUUCCAAGAGUUGAAGCUAGGCAUUACAUUUCUGUUUAUGAAAAAGAUGCUUCUAGGAAUGAAAAGCUAUUGAGGCUUGCAAAGAUUGAUUUCAAUCGGGUACAGAUGUUACACAAGGAAGAACUCUACCACAUCUCCAGGUGGUGGAAAGAGUGGGAUCUACGGUCACAUAUUCCUUAUGUAAGGGACAGAGCAGUGGAGUGCUUUUUCUAUUCUACAGCAGUUUGUUUCGAACCGCAAUACUCUCUUGCCCGUUUGGUUCUCACAAAAACUAUGAUAAUGAUAUCUGUUCUAGAUGAUACCUACGAUGCUUAUGGCACCUAUGAAGAACUCAAAUGUUUCACAAACGCAGUGCAGAGGUGGGACAUGAAUGCUAUUGAUCAACUCCCUAACUACAUGAAGCCAAUCUACAAGGCUCUCCUAAACGUUCAUGAUGAAUUUUACCAGGAGAUCAUGGGAAAGAAAGAAAUAAACUACAGCGUCCAAUAUUUAGAAGAAGCGUACAAAGAAGUAGUAAGAUGCUACGACGUUGAGACCGAGUGGUUAAAGAAAGGAUAUGUGCAAAAGAUGGAAGAGUAUUUGGCCAAUGCUUUAGUAACCAUCACUUCUCCAUUGCUCACAACAGCGGCAUUUGUAGGGAUGGGAGAGAUUGCAACCCUUGAGGCAUUCCAAUGGUUACAAUCUCAACCUCGAAUCCUCAUGGCUUGCUCAACAAUAUUCCGAGUCAUCAAUGACAUACAGAGCUGCAAGGUAAUUAGUACAAUAUACUGUUAAUUCUGUUUGGCAUUUUUGCAUUUUGGUUUGAAACUGCAUUCUCAGACUGAAUCUUGUAAUCCUGGUUUCAACUGCAGAGAAGGCAGUUCCAUUUAAUAGUACAACGAGUUUAGAUCUUUCAAUGAUCUGACCAAAACAAUAUAUUUAAAAAUCCAACUCCUUGGCAUGCCUAGUUGACAAAACUGGUUUCGAUUGGGUUUGAUUUGGCCUGAUUGUUUUACCUUAAAGCACCUUUU